UGGCGACCAUUCCAAUAAAACGACGCGUUUUGAGCUCCGGGUGCACCUCAACAUUCCCAUGGCCGCCGACGACGUGUACAGGGCCCUGAUGGAUCGGUUUCGGAGCUUGGAGCAGAGCCAGGCGAAUAUGAGAGCCCAGUUGGAGGUGCUGAUGGAGGAGCGGAGCAAGGAGGAGAAGGACGGCGGCACUCUGUGGCCGGACAGCGGAUGGGGUCACGUUCCGGGGUAUUUCUCCGGCGGGGGUCCGUGCCGGAGUGUCUUGGAUUCAAUGGGUCACUCUGUUUAUGCGUUCACGCCUUGGUCUGGGGAGAUUUUUUUCUGGAAUCGUUCAGCUGAAAAACUCUAUGGGUGGAAGGAUUGUGAGGUUCUUGGGCAAAGAGUUGUUGACGUUCUUAUUGAUGAAGCAUAUUAUACACAUGUUAAAAAAAUCAUGGAAAAGUUGACCAAUGGGCAAUCAUGGUCAGGUCAGUUUCCUCUUAAGAAGAGGUCUGGUGAGAUAUUUAUGGCUAUAGUGACAAAAAGCCCAUUAUACGAGGACGGUGAUUUUGUUGGUGUUAUCACUGUUUCAAGUGAUGCAGCUUUAUUUAAUAAUAUAACCUCUCAAUAUCUGAGAGCAUAUGAGGAUCAUGCUAAUUGCCAACAUAGAGUACGGGAGUUAAACCUGAAAAAGAUUCAGUGGCAAUCACAGCCACAGAUUGCAUCGUCUGUUUCAAAUCCGGCCUCAAAAGUUCUGUCACAAAAUUGUGGGGAGGAUGCAUGCAAUCCAUUUGCAAGUUCCCAAGAAAAGGGGAAGAACAUGCUGGAUGCCAAAGAUAAGAGUUCAGAGAAGUCUGAAACACUAGCAGCAAAGGUAUUAGCGAAGUUGCGCAUCAGGGGAAGUGGAAAAAAUGCAAAAGAAGAUGAUAGAAGUUUUCAACAAAAUAAUUCAUCCUAUUCUUCAGUAUGCAAUGAAGUAAUAAAAGAGCCAAAUUAUCAUAGAGAUGCAAAAGAAUCAUGUCCAAACUGCCGCAAUUUUGAUACCAGGUAUAAGGGAGAAAAUCCCAAGAAAAAAAUUGUUUCCUUUGCUGCAGAAAGAGAAUAUUCAAAUGGUAAUGAGCACAGGAUUCCAAAUACUCCUGGAGAGGGUUCUUCCAAAGAGUGCCACAACUGUUUUGCAGUGCCCAGACUCAGAUGUUCAUCUCCAAUAUUAACCUUUCAAUUGGAUGCAAAGGAGUCAGAGCCAGAACUAGAGGACUUGAAAGUCCUGGGGAUACAAAGUUCAGUGCAACAGCACCCAGAUGUCAAUCAAUCUCCAGGCACAGGGGGAAGCAUCAAUAGCAACAAUGGAAGUUCAUCAAGUAAAACAGAUAGUGAGUCAAGCUCAGUCUCAGAUUGUGAGAUUCAGUGGGAAGACUUACAUUUUGGUGAGGAGAUUGGCCGAGGUUCAUAUGCUGCUGUCUAUCAUGGAAUUUGGAAUGGAUCGGAUGUUGCAAUUAAGGUUUAUUUUGGGAAUGAAUACAGCGAAGGGACUUUACAAGACUAUAAAAAAGAGAUUGAUAUAAUGAGGAGAUUGAGACAUCCAAAUGUAUUGCUUUUCAUGGGAGCAGUAUAUUCACAAGAGCGACUUGCCAUUGUUACAGAGUUGUUACCCAGGGGAAGCCUCUUCAGAGUACUUCACAAAAGCAAUCAGGUCUUAGACAUCAGGCGGCGUCUCCGGAUGGCUCUUGAUGUUGCUAGAGGUAUGAAUUAUUUGCAUCACAGGAAUCCACCAAUAGUACAUAGAGACCUGAAAUCUUCAAACCUGCUAGUUGACAAAAAUUGGAAUGUCAAGGUUGGUGACUUUGGUCUGUCAAAGUUGAAGCACACUACUUUCUUGACUGCAAAAUCUGGAAGAGGAACGCCUCAGUGGAUGGCUCCUGAAGUCCUCCGAAACGAUCCUUCAAAUGAAAAGUCUGAUGUGUUCAGCUUUGGGGUCAUCCUGUGGGAACUCAUGACUCAGUCCAUUCCAUGGGUCCACCUGAAUUCCUUGCAGGUUGUUGGAAUUGUAGGCUUCAUGGAUAGAAGGUUAGAUCUUCCAGAAGGCCUUGAUCCCCGAGUUUCAUCCCUUAUCCAAGACUGCUGGAAAACCAACCCAGAGCAACGUCCAUCGUUUGUAGACUUAAUUCAUUGCGUGACAUCUUUAAUCCAGACAUUUGCAACAGAAUCCGUCCAGGAAGCUCGGGGCCUUAAUUUGCAUGUGGUUUAAACUCGUCAAAAUGGGCUUAAGACAGUAGGAGAACAAACAGACAUAGCAACCUAGUGUAGAAACACGGUUGACACGUGAAAGUUUUGUCUUUGCAUGGGGUGGAGUGUUGAAACUUCAUAGUUGGGAGGCAAAAUGGUGCUGCUCUGAGAAGAAAUGACUGUAACAGCUCACUCUAGAGUGUGUUUUGUUGUGGAUAUAUAACCUUUAUACCAUACAGAAAUAAUGUAAAAUAGCUUGACCCCUGUACAACGCUGCUCAAUGUGACAUUCCAUGGGCCUCAAUGCAAUGGCACCAACUCAGUUUAUCAGCUUCCAGCCCCUUCCAGCAAGGAGAUGAUCAUCCUUACAUUAGAGUUUUCAUUACUUGUUAGUGUGAGAGACCCCUUUGCUUACUGUUGAAAGGAAGAAUUUGUAUCGGACUUUGGGUUGGUAAAGUUUGAUACGAUUUGUCACUCCAA